AUGCUUCCUGAAAAAUUAUGUGAACUGCCAUUUUUGAAAAAACUAGAUUUAUAUGAUAAUAAUUUACAUGAUUUACCUGAAGGAUUUGAGAACUUAUUAGAAGUAGAUUUAGCACAAAAUUACUUUGAAGAACCUAUCGAUAUAGAAUAUGUAAAGAAAAAGAAAAAAAUUCGGCUCAAGAGUCCUGAAAGAUGUAAUGGAAGGAAAUUAGAAGUAGAGAGAGCCGAAAGUGAAUAUUCAAAAGAUACUGAUGAAGAAUUUUCAUGUUGUUCUAAGAGUGAAGAGAAAGAUAUUGAAAACAAAUCUGUCUGUUCAUCAGAAGACUGGGAUUCUGAUACAUAUUGGAUUCCUCAUUUUUCUCAUAACACUACAACAUCACAAUCACCAUGGCUUUUCUUUGUAAAAAGAAAAAUGGAAGAAGGAAAUUUUUGUCCCAUGGAUGCCCACCAAGUGUCCAUAGCUGAUCAAGUAGAAUAUGAAAAAUUGUGUAAUCCAAAAGUAGUAUAUGAAUCUGAUGGACAAUUUGAUGACUAUUCUAGUGAUGAAAGU